AUGAAUAAUAUUAAUAACAAUAAUCAUCAACAGAAUACAUCUUUUUCCUAUAACACUGAUUUAAGCAACCUUGAAGUAAGGAAAAGGGUAGCUGAUCAUUGGAACACCAAGUAUGGUAAUGACAUUAAGAAAUCAAAACCAUGUCAUCCUAGUGGGCCAGAAGACGAAAAAAAUAAUAGCACGAAUAAUGCAACGAGAAAACUUAUCAACAAUUCUACUCAACUUGAAAUAAUUGAAACUAACAACAUUGAAAAUAACAAAACCAAUAAUUUAAAUACAAAUAAAAUUGUGAUUGAUCUAACGGAAGAAGAUACCAAUACCAAGAGGAAAAAAAGAAAAAAGAGAAAAGAAAAUAUAAAUGAUCUCACACUGCUGGAAGAAAAUUCAAAACAACAUACACCCGUCUCCAUACUUAAAUACACAGUAACUAAUAAUAAUAUAGAUAAAACACAAACACAAAAGAGCGACACGAGAAACUUACCCAGUAUGUAUUUAUUGAGAUCUAUAUAUUAUGAUAGAAGCAUAAGCUUUUCGAAAUAUAUCAUAGACAUGCAUGAUAUUUUCCUUGCAUAUGAAAACAACAACAAUAGUUUUACUCUUGAUGAACUGUGGUUGUUUUCAUAUCAAUAUGAAUUAGAUUAUAUAUUCCCAUACAUAGACUCGAUGAUAGGAAAUGCUGUCUGUAUCAAUAAAACUAGCAACAAACCAUUGAUUAAAAUUGUUUAUCAAAAGGGUACAUUUUUGUUACCAAGUAACAUUGAUUUGAAAAUUAAAUAUGAAAAAUAUUUGAGGGAAAAUAUUAUUCAAUUAUUAGAAAUCCAAAUGAAACCGUACACUUCUCAUCAUAGUAAAAUGAUUAUUCAAAAAUGGAAAAGUAAUAACGGCGGUAGCAAUGAUUUUCUUAAAAUAUAUAUCCCCUCUGCCAACUUCACGUUUUCUGAAAGCAACUUACCUAGACAAAUGUGUUGGUAUAGUGGCAAAUUGCCAAUAUAUAGCAAAACAUUUGACACUGGAGAUAUUGAAACGAAUACCCCCGCUCCCAGCAACUUCAAAAAGCAUCUACUCGAUUAUAUAGAAAGUUAUGCUAACGCUUCCUUUUUUAAAAGUUUAAUUACAUUAUUAAAAACCCCCAAUCGAGUUGAUUUUAGUUCUUUAAAAAACUAUGAUUUUCUAUACUCCACAGUAAAUCCUAAAUAUUUGUCUGGAUAUAGAUUAAUGAACACUUUAUUGAAUAGGCACAAUUAUAACGGAGAUGCUGUGGAAAAGGAGUUAAUAGUCCAAGUGUCAAGCAUCGGUGCCCCACUGAAAAAAAAAAGUUACAAUAGAAACUUAUAUUUAUUGGAUGAUAUUUUGGUUCCAUUAUAUAGUAGUGAAAAACUAAAUGAUGAUCCACUAGUGGAAAAUGGUUUCCUCUCGAAUAGCAAGUUUAAGGGGAAAUUGAUUUAUCCCUCUGUUACAGAUUUCCUUAAAGCACCAAUGGGCUACUACUCAUCAGGGUGGUUUCAUUUCCACUAUAGCCGCAGUGCUAUAUCCAAAUCGAUGUAUUCCAAUUGGAUAAAAGAAAAGAGCUUGUUUAAGUUUAACGAUUCAAAAAAGAGGUCUCUAAAAUGUGGGUAUACGCCAUCACAUACUAAGUUCUAUUAUUUGAGACCUUCAAAAGAUAAUUGCAAAAACGAGGAAAACAAUGACAAGAUGUACUGGUGUCUCUUCACAAGUUGCAAUUUAAGCGGUACAGCGUGGGGUACCUAUAGUGGCUUACCAAGAAAUUACGAGGUUGGUGUUAUACAGUAUCCAUCUAAUGACAAAGAUGGUAGGAAUAGUGACAAUAUGUUAACACAUAGAUGUAUCUUUGAUUGUGUAUAUGGGAACAGUGAUGGGAGUUGUUUGGAGACAUCUACUUCGGCUACAACUAAUGUGCAAGAUGAAAACAUAGCAUUACUACCAUUUAGUCCCGCAUUGGUUCCUUAUGAUAAUAAAGAUAUGGCAUUUUGUCAAGAUGAACAAUACGUUCAAGUGCGUGACACAAGGGGAAAUUUUUAUCCAAUUUGA